UGUUUUGUCAUGGAAAAGGUUCGACCUUGCAUACUUUCAACCACCAAACCCACACUGGAGCAAUAAAAGUCAGAGAUAUUGAGAAAACCGUCCACAAUGAUCAAAGCGUAGAGUCAGACAGAAAAGAUCGAUCACAACGAUGAAAACGAUGAAGAAAUUUGUCCCUUUGGUGAUGUGCGCCUUGCUUUUCUCCAUUCUCGCUGUCUCGGCAUCUUCACGCACCUUUGGUCCAGACGAGUGCUGCUUUAAUUUCAUCUCCAAACGUCUGGAUAAGAACAAGGUGGUGAGCUUCAAGCGCACAAACACAAUGUGUUCCAAAGACGCCGUAGUCUUCAAGAUGCUUAAUGGCGUUGAAAUUUGUGCCGAACUGGCGCAGCCGUGGGUACAGAAAAUCAUCAAGGCCAAAACCAAGGUCCAAACUGCUAUGGCGAAGAAUCGUGGAUCUGGACCCAGUGCCGAGCAGUCUGACUGAUCCACCUGCA